AUGUCGACCACCGAUGUUACGCCAGAUACGAAUGUACACACACGAGGUUACCAGCAAGAGAUGCUCGAUGAGAGCCUAAAGAGGAACAUCAUCAUAGCGAUGGACACGGGUUCGGGCAAGACGCAUAUCGCGGUGCUGCGACUGAAGAUUGAAGUUGAACGAGAACCACAGAAGGUAUCGUGGUUUCUAGCUCCCACGGUUGCGUUAUCCGAGCAGCAGUGCCGUGUCAUCAGGGCUGCGCUUCCUGUAUCUGUCGGCCUUAUAUCGGGAUCGUUGGAACCGAACCAGUGGAAGGAUGCAUCGCUGUGGAAGAGGGUCAUUGAGACCCAUCGGAUCGUGGUAUCGACUCCACAGGUGCUUCUGGAUGCGUUACGCCACAGCUACGUCCAAAUGGGACGUGACAUUGGAUUGAUGAUAUUCGAUGAGGCGCAUCAUACGCUCGACAAGGCGCCAUACAACAUGAUCAUGAGGGAGUUUUACUUUGGAUUGUUGCCGCGGGAUACGCCGAAUCUGGACCCUCGAUAUGCCAGGCCAAUGAUAUUGGGAUUAACGGCUAGCCCUAUUUACGGCGGGGAUAUCGCCAAAGCUUUCAGUAAAAUUGAAGGAAACCUCGACAGCAUCAUUCGCACUCCGCGCCGCAAUCGGGACGAACUGGCAAAACACGUCCACCGGCCUAUUUUCAAGCAUGUCAAAUAUGACCCGCCAGACGGGUCUCUAUUUUCAACCAACCUCACAAGUCUAAAGCAAGUUGUGGCUACCCUCAAUAUCGAAAAUGACCCGUACAUAAUCUCUCUACGUCGCGACCUAGUCAGAGCCUCCCCCCGGUCUUCUGAACACUAUCGACUCGACCAAAAACUGUCAAAGACCAUACUCAAGGAGAACACCUUCACGCACAAGGGUUUUCACGAUUUCGAGCGUACAGCGGAUGAUAUUCUUUUCGACCUGGGUGCUUGGGCAGCGGAUUGGUAUGUUUGGACGGUGUUAGAACAGGCCAAAAAGGCUUGCCAAGGUGACGAAAUGAUGCCCUCUUGGCAGACACGGGAAAAGAAGUAUAUGCUUGGCCUUCUCAAUCAGGUUCAUGUUUGCCCAGUGUCUUACUACGCCUACGACAUUGUCGAGGAUUCGUCUCAAAAAGUGGCAGAACUUGUGAAGGCAUUGUUACAGGAGAAACAAGAAUUCGAGGCAGCCAACGAGGCGUUUAGCGGGCUUGUGUUCGUUACGCGUCGCGACGCGGUUCUGGCGCUCACAGAGAUUCUCACACACCAUCCUCAAACGAAAGAGAUCUUCAAAACUGGGAGCCUACUAGGGACAUCGGACAGCAGCCAUCGGCAUUCGUUCUUGGAUCUCACACGCAAGCUACUGAAACAAUCGCAAGAAGAGACGUUGCGCGAUUUCAGGAUUGGAGAGAAGAAUCUCAUCAUUUCGACGUCUGUUGCUGAGGAGGGCAUCGAUGUCCAGGCAUGUGGAUGUGUUAUACGCUGGGAUCCGCCGCAGAACAUGGUCUCAUGGCUGCAAAGUCGAGGACGGGCGCGUCGGAAGCGUAGCACGUUCAUCGUCAUGUUCGAAAGAGGUGGAGGGAAUGAGGAGGAUGUUCUCAAGUGGGAAAACACCGAAGCAGAGGUGUUACGCUUAUGUAAUGCAUCGGAGAGAGUCAUGACGGCAGAGCCUGACGAGUGGGAGGAAUGGGAGGAAUUUAGGGUACCAUCAACGGGUGCUCUACUGACUCUGGAGUCGGCUCUUCCUCAUCUAGCCCAUUUCGUGGCCGUUCAUCCGAAUGCAAGUUUCAAUCCCGAUUUUCAGCCUUUGUAUGAUCUAGACCCACCUGAUUUACCCUUCGGAUGGCAUUCAUUCGAGAACCGGUCUACUAGUGUUGCCUUACCCUACUCCGGACCAUGGGGUUCAACCGUCACUUUGCCAAGAUUCCUGAGUUCUGAACUCAGAGUGCAUUCAACAGAAAUGAUUUAUCCUACGAAGCUAUCCGCUCAUCGACAUGCGGCGUUCAAGGCAUACAAAGCAUUGUAUGACAACGAAUUACUGGAUGACCAUCUCCUGCCGCUCUUCUUCCGUGACGAAGAGAUCAAGAAACUGCAAAGCGAAGUGGAGAAACGCGUUAGUAUUGUCAGCGUGUCACCCCAGGUGAACCCAUGGGCGCCGGAUGAUGGUACCGCAGUCUGGUAUUGCUCAGAAUUGACACUGGGGGAACUGCCUCCUUUGCUCAUGUUCACGCGUACUCAGUGCCCGUUAUCAUGGUUUGAGAACGACGGUCCUCCACCACUCUUCGCUCCCCAUCGAGGCCUCAUCAAGGUCUCCCUUCGCAACGUCGGAAAAAUCAGUCUCUACGAUGAAGGUAUCAGUCGAGCACGCGAGUAUACUCGACGAAUAUUCUGGAGCAUACACGGUCAACGGAUGACUUGGGACGACCUGGACUUUUCGUAUCUUUUCCUUCCCGCUCCCGGAACGGAAGAUGAUGAAUGGGAAGACCGUCGUGCGUGGCUGAAAGAAGAGAAUGAGCGCGAAGGGCGAUCUAACAAGUACGCCUUCGAUGCGAAUGCACAGGAUCUUGGGGAAGCCUUUUGGUACCCUCAGGACCUUGCUAUUGUGAGAGCUGGAUUCCAGUUUGGGAAAGCAUUUCGAUUCAUCGCUUGGCGGUAUGACACUGUCAACGAAGAAGAACUGGAGGAUAUGAAGACACGGUAUUUUCGGCAGGAUGAUUUGGAAGAUAUCCCGUACCCGCUCAUCGUCGCCGAAGUUUUGCCGGCCAGGAUCACGCUCAUCUCUCCGGUGGAGACUGAAUAUGUGUCCUUACUACCUUCAGUCUUGCGCGCGCUAGCUAUGUCGCUCACUGUUCAGUCCAUGCGGGAUAGGAUGUUCACUCCAUCAUCUCAUCUUUAUGCCAUUCCAUCGCAGCUAUUGACUAUCGCUAUGAUGGCACCAUCGUCUCAAGAACGUUACAACUACCAGCGUUUGGAGACGUUGGGAGAUACAGUGCUGAAGUAUCUGGUCAGCAUACAGCUUCUAUCAGAACAUCCCCUCUGGCACGAAGGAUAUCUAUCGAGACGGAAGGACCAUGCUGUCGCCAACGUUAGACUGGCAAAUGAGAAUAUCUCCAGAGAAAUGUUCCAAUGGAUUAUCCGAGAUCGGUUGCUUGGUAGGAAGUGGAAACCUGCGUACUUGCAUUCUACCGCGCCUAUUCGCGAGAAGAAAUCGGCCGAGGCGGUUGCGACCGUUCCCACGAAGAACGAAGCGAAGGCCAAGAAAGCAAAAAAGAUUGCGGGAGAGCUCUCCACUAAAGUGCUGGCGGACGUUGUCGAAUCAACGAUUGGUGCUGCGUAUCUGCACGGAGGGCUCGAACUGGGCUAUGAAUGUGUAAAGUUCUUCCGUCUCGACCUUACUUGGCAACCAACUACGGACCGCAUCUCGUCCUUGAUUCAAAGGGUCAGUCAAAUCGAACCUGAAGUCAGAAAGCGUAUCGACUUGCCGGAGACGACCAUAUCCCAUGUAGAAUCCAUGUUGGGCUACGAAUUCAAGCACAAGCUCAUACUCCUUGAAGCGCUCACCCAUCCGAGUCAUCAGCAGGACUUUGGCACCAUCUCUUAUGAACGUAUGGAAUUCUUGGGAGACGCAGUGAUGGACAUGAUCGUUACGGAUUAUCUGUAUCAUGCAGAAGGCAAGGAGUACAGUCCUGGGCGCAUGCAUCUUCGGAAAUCCGCUGUCGUGAACGGGCAUAUUCUAGCAUAUCUGUGCUUGAAGUGUUGUUUGAAGGUUCGCAGCUAUAUGCCUCGGCCCACGAAAUCGGGGAGUCGGAUCCAGCUUGAAGAGGAGCAGGAGGAUAUAUAUCUGUGGAAGUGCCUCUUGCAUGCUAGUCCUCGUGUUCUGGAGGAUCAGCGUGUAACGUUUGACAGAUUUCAGAGGCUUUCGGAUGCGAUUGCUGAUGGUCUAGAGAAUGGAAAGAUCUAUCCUUGGGCGGCGCUGACUCGGCUACAAGCGCCCAAAUUCUUCAGUGACAUGAUUGAAAGUCUGUUCGGUGCAGUAUUCCUCGACUCGGGAGGAAAUCUGGAGAGGAUGCAGGAUGUUAUGCGAACGAUCGGUGUCUUGCCGUUGUUAGAGCACAUCGUCAAGGAUGAUGUUGAUGUUCUUCAUCCUGUUUCACGGCUAUCGGAGUGGGCUUCGAAGCGGGGGCAGAAGGUGAAAUAUAGAUUUACGGAGGAGAAGGGAAAUGUUAGUUGUGUGAUAGAGUUAAAACGAGAGGAGGGAGGGGAAGUCCGGGUUUUGGAGGAAGCGCGGGCGACGGAUAUCAACAGAGGCAAAGUGACGAGACUGGAAGUCAAAUUUGCAGCCUCUGAAAAGGCCAUAGCGUUGCUUCAUCUAUGCUAG